AUGGGAUUUGAGAUGAAAGUUAUUGCUUUACCUGUGUGUGAGUCAAGCCUCAAUAUUUGUAAAUAUGAAACCAAAGUGACUGACCUAUCCUUGGAGAAGAACCAUUGCACAGAGGAAUUACAAACCAGAAGAAUCAGCAGCCAAGAAAUUGUUUUAGAUCUGUGCAAGGAUUACACAGAGCCUUAUGUCAUCCAAACUUCACAUAAAGAAGCAGAAACUGAGCAUCCGUCAAACAAGACAGAUACUGGAGAAAAUCUCACAGUCACUGUAUGUAAUGAAACAGAAGCAGCUCUAUCUCUGCCCCAUUUGGACAAAGAACACUCCAGCAGAUCUGAAACUGAGGUCCAUUUGACAAUGACACUUUCGGAUGUCUCUAAUGCCACGCAUGAACAAAACCCAGUUCAUUUAGAUGGAUCUCCAGAACCAAAUGAUGCUGCCACACUUUCAAACACUAAAGAGAAAGAAAUAGUGAAUGAACUACAACUAGAAGAUGUAGAUGCAACAUUUACCAACAUUCACAAGCUCCCUGAGGAACAUGUGGAUGUAGAUCACAAGCCUGGUGAACAUUGCAACACUAACACUAAAGAAGCAACCAAGGACACGCCAUCAGAGCAGGAAGAUCUUCACCAACAAGACAUGAAGGAAAACAUGUCUUUGGAGAAUCAUGCUCAAAUGUUAGAAAUCCCACUUUUAAUCCACACUUCAGUCAGCAUCCCUGCACCAGAAACCAACUCUACCUCAUUUGAUGCCAGUCAUAGUGAAGAAAUCAAACCGCAAGAAACAGUGAGCAUGGGCCCUCCUCAGUGGAGAGACGUGUCAGACUCUCAGUUAAACACCAUCGACAUGACAGUUCAGGCGGAGGCUGAUGGAAGUGAGGUUUCUCCUGGAGGUUAUGAAGAUGUCACAUACUUAGUCGGUGGCCUCAUCAAAGAGCUGUCCUUCUUAAAUCGAACAGUAAUGGCAACUCACCGGGAGCUGGAAAACUUACACCGCAGGGGUAAAAACACAAGGAAUUCUAUCCGCUAA